UACUAAUCUGUUUAAUUGAUUCAGAUCAUUUGAUUAUAAAAAUAUAUAUUACUACAAAAACAUAAUUCUGUUUAGAAUGGAUUUUUCGAGCAAUGAAAAACUAUAUAAAGAAGUACUAAAAGCGCGUGAAAGGAUAAAAGGACACGUCUGGAGAACCCCUCUGGAAUUUUCUGAUUAUUUAUCAAAAGAAACAGGAGUGAAUGUGUAUUUGAAAUACGAGUCCGAUCAAGUCAGCGGCACAAUAAAAGCGAGGGGAGCUUUCAAUACUGUGCUCAAGAUGUCCGAAAGCAAUGGGAAACAGAAAAAAGAUAUAUGCCCAAAAAAAAUCGUUGCUGCCUCUACUGGAAAUCAUGGAAUAGCUUUGCUGUACGCUCUCAAAUCUAGUCAAGAUAAGUGCGUCGUUUACGUCCCAACCAGCACAUCACAGGUGAAGCUUGAUCACCUGCAACGACUUGGCGCUGAAAUUAAGAUGAAAGGGAGCGACAUGACAGUAACGAUGGAAUUAGCGGAACAGGCGGCAAAGGAAAAAGGUUGCAUAUAUGUCUCCCCCUGUAAAAACCCGGAUGUGAUUGCCGGACAAGGCACAAUCGCGUACGAAAUUUUCCGAGAUCUACCGAACGUUGAUGCCAUAUUCGUGUACGUCGGAGGUGGUGGAAUGAUCAGUGGAAUAUCUUCUUACGCGAAACACGUUAAUCCGAAAAUUCAGAUUGUGGGAUGCGGCCCAAAACAUUCAAAUGGAAUGGAAGAAUCAAUCAAGGCUGGAAAACCAAUUGACAUCGAAAUAAAGCCUUCGCUUUCAAUAACAGGUAACAUCGGUCUUGACAGCGUAACUUUUCCAAUUUGUCAACGUAAUGUGGAUCGCUGGGUGAACGUUACUGAGGAUGAAAUUGCUGAUGCCAUGUAUUUGAUGUUGGAUGUACAUCAUAAGGCUGUCGAAGGAGCAGCGGGGUGUGUUCUGGCAUCCUUUCUCAAGGUCAAAAACGAUUUCAAAGGUCAAAAUGUCGCUAUUGUCAUAUGCGGAAGUAACGUUAGUCCAAAUAUUUUGAAGAAAGUCAUCGACAAGCAUACAUGAAGAAUUCUUUGAAGAGGCAAUAAUCAGUAAUUUAUUUUUUCACCAUGCCGAAAGUGCACACUCACAAAUUAUAAUAAAUUAUGUAUGAAAAAAUAGCAUUCCAGGGUGAAGGGGACACACGGGAAACCAAAAAAAUGGUUAUCGAGCACUGAGCAGUGGUAACCAAAAUAGUUUAACAGAACAUGAAGAAAAAGUCGAACAAGAUUACAACCUUAUAUGUAUAAAAUACCAAUAGCUAUCAACACGUUAGGAAGUGGGAAUUUUUCUAUGUUUGAUUAUAUUACCAUGCGUUUUUUGUAUUUUCGAUUUCUUAUAUUUUAAAGAUUAGGAUUUUCAGUGGAUCUGUCGGAUCAUUUUCACAAGGUGGUUUGGGUUUCCACCGUGUCAUUUUGACCAGUGUGCUUGCCGUGUACCGUAAAACCGGGUAACUUCAUAUGCCUUGCAACUCCGGAUGAGAUUUUUAAUCGUUUAUGUCUCGACUAAAUUGCGUCAUAUUAUGCUUUCUAUAGCGAGUCCUUAUAUAUCCAAAUCUGUUAUCAUAUUCAAUCGCGCAUUUUAAUUAAUUUUUUAUAUUAAAAAAAACACGUUUUAGCAAAAAAUUGACACCCCGUUUUCGAGCGGCUCAAAUCGUGACGCUAUCUUAACGAAAAAAACUUUACACAGCGACCGCAUGCACCUUAUAUGAACAAACAAGAGAGCUAUGCUCAAAUAUAUGGACA